AUGACACGAUCAAAAGACCCGUCAGGACGACAGCACCAUGGUUUGCCCGUGGAUGAUGACGAACACCCCAGCACCCCGUACAAGUCACUCGGCCAGACCCUCACUGGCAAGCAGCAAGUGGAGCUGCGGAGAGCCAUACAAAUGAUGAUGUUGGACCAGUGGAAGGCCAAGAAAAAGAAGGAGGAGGAUGAGGAGGCCAAGGCCGCCCAGGGCGGUGGGAGCAAAGAUGCCCCCAAGAUCACUGCGGGAACGUGGCUUGACGAAAUGGAAGGAGACUAA